UCCCUUGCACCGGCGAUGAGCUACCUCCGGCCCACCUCUUUGUCAUGGAAGAGAAGACACUCUUUCGAGCUCUCCUCUUCAUCUUGCUGUCGACGUCGGUGGCGGCGAUCCGGCAGCCGGAGAGGUCGCCGGUGGCGGUGACGAGGAGAGCCGCCCUGGAGAAUGGCCUUGGCCGGACUCCACAGAUGGGGUGGAACAGUUGGAAUCACUUUGCCUGCAAUAUAAACGAAGACAUAAUUCGACAAAUCGCUGAUGCGAUGGUGGAUAGCGGCCUUGCAAAGCUUGGUUAUGACUAUAUCAACAUAGAUGAUUGUUGGGCAGCCUAUGAUAGGGACUCCCAGGGUAAUCUUGUUGCAAAUCCAUCAACAUUCCCAUCAGGAAUAAAGGUCCUGGCAGAUUAUGUGCAUGGGAAAGGGCUCAAGCUUGGAGUUUAUGGUGAUGCGGGGUCGUUCACUUGCAGCAAUAAGAUGCCUGGUUCGCUUGGAUAUGAGGAGCAAGACGCAAAAACCUUCGCAUCAUGGGGAGUUGACUACUUGAAGUAUGACAACUGCAACGACCAGGGGUUGAGUCCGCAGCCUAGAUAUAUCAACAUGAGCAAAGCACUUCAGAAUUCUGGGAGGAACAUUUUCUUCUCCCUUUGUGAAUGGGGCGUGGAUGACCCAGCAACAUGGGCAAGUGGUGUAGGGAACAGUUGGAGAACAACCGGUGACAUUCAGGACAACUGGGGAAGCAUGACGGCCAUUGCCGAUGCCAACGACAAGUGGGCAUCAUAUGCAGGGCCUGGUGGAUGGAAUGACCCAGACAUGCUGGAAGUUGGAAACGGGGGGAUGACAACAGAGGAGUACCGCUCCCAUUUCAGCAUAUGGGCUCUGGCAAAGGCACCUCUUCUGAUUGGUUGCGACAUUCGCUCGAUGAGCAAUGAUACCAAGGAAAUCCUCAGAAAUCAAAACGUCAUCGCAGUUAACCAAGGUCUGGGCUGGGCCAUUGAGUGGAGGGAGGGUUGCAGUUGUUCUAUGGAACAGAGGGUCUGAUGAAGCAUCCAUCACUGCCAGCUGGAGCAGCAUUGGUCUCAAUGCAUCUACCGUCGUCGAUGCUCAUAAUCUGUGGACAGAUGAGGUAACAUCAUCCGUGCAAGGGGAACUGGAGGAGACAGUGGAUACACAUGCUUGCAAGAUGUAUGUGUUGACACCAAAGUAGCUAGAUCGGAGUCUCAACUCUCAAUGUACCGAUCAAAAUCAACAGAUUCAAAAGUACCAAAGAAUUGAUAAAAGACCGUUACUUGUAUGGCUCCAUGUGAACUAGGAUCAAACAAAGUGAGCACAUUGUGGCAAAUUAUUUUACAUCCGAGUAACUGUAAAAUGCAAUACGCAAUUAUUUGGAAGUUUAUACGAUUUAGGGCGGAGCACGUUUU